AAACAGUUUUGAUUUAAGAAACACACACACAACACAGGGACAAGGAAUUAUUUAGUAUACAUAAAUAUUUAUAGUUUUAAUGACAUGCACUAAACACCUGAAGUAUGUGGGAGCAAAUUAUAAACUGCCUGACCAAAGGCGGUUCCGGGAACAGUAAAAAAUGUCAAUUUCUUAAUCUAUCAGAGCUCUAUAAACGUUGUCCACCAAAUCAGAGGAAACAAUUUGCAUUGUUUAAGAAAAAGAAUGAAGAAUACAAAGAACGUCUGCAAAAGUAUCCCGAUAGUAUGCCCAAAAUCGAUUGGAAGUAUUAUGAAACAAGUGUGCGACCCGAAUAUGUGGCAUGGGUUAAACGUUUCCAGAAUCAAUAUGAGCAGUUUGAUACAUUCUUUGAGAACCGUCAUACAUUGAUUGAUCCCUCGAAAUAUUUUUGUGAAGUGCAGGAGGAGAUGAAGGAGGUGACGAAACAGGUGGAACAAUAUAAAAAGGAAUCCAAUGAAAGGAUAAAAUGCUUGGAGGAUGAGUUGAAGUUUUUGGGAGAGCUAAAGCCAUACCAGGAAAUGACUAUGGAAGAGUUUUGUUACGCAAAACCAAGUUUAGCUCCAGAUUUUAUAAACAAGCCAACGUUUUGGCCCCAUACCCCAGAGGAACAAAAGCCAGGUCCUCAACAGGAAGUACAUGAGGAGGCAGAGGAAGAGUUACAAGCGACAAAGGUGAAGCCAACGGAUGAAGAACCACCAAAGACCGCUCCGCCAGCUGCUGGGACACCAAAGACAUCCACUGAUGAAAAGCCUUCAAAAGCACCAACCUCUUCAACGGAUCAAAAACACGAGGCCAAGAAAGAUCCACAGCCGCAAAUUGAUACGAAGAAUGAUUCUAAAGCUGAUUCCGGGACUAAAGUUGACCAAGUUAGUUGUGAAGGUGAAACGAAAACAAAGGACCAACAACCAGAAAAUCCCAUUGAUGUGGAAAAGCUGAAAGAGUCUGCCUCUGAGCUGGCAGUCAAGGGAUCUAAGCUGGCUGUAGAUUUAGCCAAAAAGGCUUCUAUUCUGUUGAAAUCUUUGGUAGAAAAAUUCAAUGCAAAGCGUAAAGAAAUAGAAGUAGCUGCCAAUAAAGCCAGAGAAGAGAACAAGGGAAAAUCUGAGCAACAGGCUGUUGAGCAAGUAAGCUCAACUGAUGUAUCUAAAGCAACAGUAGAUCCCAAGGAGGUAGACAGUAUUUAUUAUCGAGAAGGAUCUAAGAACAUAUGCCAUCAGACCAUCAUAAAGGGAGAUGAUGAGGCAAAUGCUGAAGUCAAGCCGAAACAUGCCAACUUGAAUGAAGAAGUAGAAGGUGAAGGUGAAGAAGUUGUUGAAGAGACCGAGAAACGAUUUAAGAAAAAAUCUGCAGCCUUAAAGACUAAUGAUUCAGAGGCAAUGGAAGAAAAAACUAAAUCUGAAAGCAUAGAACCUGAAAAAACACAUGAGAAAAGUAAAACAUCAAAGAAAAAAUCUGCAGCCUUAAAGACUAAUGAUUCAGAGGCAAUGGAAGAAAAAACUAAAUCUGAAAGUAUAGAACCUCAAAAAACACGCGAGAAAAGUAAAACAUCAAAAAGUUCCGAGACUAAAAAUAUAUGUCAACAGGUUUGCGAAAUAAUGACUAAGGAAAAACCGCCAGGUAAAGGUUCAGAGGCGAUUCAAUGCCUCGAAAAGAUUCUUACUGACUAUAAGCAAUCAGAUGAAGGACCCUGUGACAGUGAAAAAGAGGAAGAACCAUCUGAAAACGAAGAUUCCAAGAAAAGCAAAUGCUUGACAAAGACAAAACAGGAUCAAAAGUCGAAGGAAAAACCGAAAGUAGAUGAACAACAAUGUUUCCAGAAAUUUUUAGAAGAAAAUUCAAAAAAAUGCGACGAAUCCCAAACUAACCUUAAGAAGUCUUGGGAAGAAAGUAAAGACUCUGUCGAUGUGGUCGCUCGUCCAAAAGAUGCAAGUAAAACAAAGCCCACAGAUGAUGCCAAAACUAAUGAGAAAGCCUUGUUUGGCUCUGAUUUUCAAACUGAAGCUUUGGAAAGUAAAACUUUUAUGGGUUUCAAAUCAAACGAGCCUCAUGCAUCCAAGAAAGACGAAAAGCAUUUGGCUAGUCUGGAAGAUUCCGCAGAGAAAAUGUCCAAUAAGGAGACUACUGGAGAUCUUGUAAAACCUAUAUAUGCUGGCACCAAUCAAACCCAUGAUCUAGAGAAUGAUUUAGCCGAAUCUCAGAAAAAGGACAAAUUACACUUGAUAGAAGAAUUCGAACAAAAGCAAGCUGAAGAAGCAAAACUUAAGCAAGUUGAGAACGAAACUAAACGAAAAACUGAAGAAACCAUGAAGAAGCCAACGAAUUUGGAUAAUCUCAGCCUGGCACCAAAUGAAAAGAGUCAAUCAAAGACAGAAAUCGAAGCUGAAAAAGUAGCCGAGCCAAAGACGACUUUCUAUCCUAAACUAGUGAUCAGUGCCAAGCCUAAGGAGAAAAUCAAUACCUUGGAAUCUCCCACCGAAAAACCACCAACUCCACCAGCAAAAGAUACUCCAUCCACUCCAGAAGCCUUCAUUCCCAGGACAAGUACUACUCCAGUCCCACCAUCUACACCACCGAAAGUAAUUAAAACACCCGAAGUGCUAGAAAGUGCCCAGGAAAUGGCCAAAAAGGUAUUCAAAAUGGCAACCGAUGCAGCUGCUAUACUCAGCGAUGCCACCACUGCCGUUGAGAGUGCCAAGAAAGCGAAAACCAACAGAAUUGAGAGUCUGGAGGCUGCCUAUUUGGCAGCUCAAAAACAGGCCAAUCGAGCUCUAACCGAAGCCUACAAGGCCAUGGGGGCAGCCAAGAAGUUGACCAAGCGACAACAGAAUCGUGAUCCCGAUGCAUUGGUCAUGGCCGAAAAGCAUGCCGUAUUGGCCAAAUUAUUGGCUCGUCGUGCCAUAGCUUUGAAGAAGGAGAUCGAAACGAUAUUGGAAGAACUAAAGAAAAACCAGUAAACGAUCUCCGAAAAUUGGCCAAUGAAAAUGUUUUAAAAUUUCAAUUUAUUUUUUACCAAUUUUAUU